AGAAAUCCUUGAUAGCACAAGGAAGGAGGGUGAAGGAAAUGCCCGUUUGAAACAACUGGAGGUGACACUGGAUGCUGCAGUGAUUGGUAAGCAAAGUGCUGAAACUGAGGCUGCGUUGGCCAAAGAGAAAGCAGAAUUAUUGAAAUCAGAGAUUAAACAGAGUGAAUUGACGCUUGCUAUUGUUACUGAGGAAAGAGAUAAAUUAAGAAAUGCGGCUAGUUUGAAGAGUGACAAAGCUGGGGAUGUACUGGCAAGUUCUAAUCUUGUUCAGGACCUUGAAUCUUCUCUUGCAAAAAGAGAUAGCUGCAUAAAGGAGCUAGAAAGCACUUUACUAGAACAGAGGGCAGUUAAUAAUCGUCAACAUGAGGAAAUAAAGUUGCUUAAUGAGAAGUUAAAUAGUGAAGCUAGAAGAAUAAAGUCAUUGGAGAGGGACAGUGAUCGGCUUCGUUCAGAGAUUGCUCUAUUAGAGGCAAAGUUGGGUCACGGUGAUUUUUCAGCUGCAAAUACGAAAGUUCUGCGAAUGGUGAAUACUCUUACUGUAGAUAAUGAGGCCAAACAAACCAUUGAAGCAUUACAAACUGAGCUGCAAAAAACAAAAGAGAAGUUAAAAGCUGUUGAAGAAUUGAAAAGUCAAUCAGGUGAAGCUGGAAAAUUGGUAGAUAACUACAUAUCAGAUAAGAUAACACAAUUGAAAGAACAGAUUGCUACUCUUGAGAAGCGAGAAGAAAGAUACAAAACAGUGUUUGCAGACAGAAUUUCAGUUUUCAGGAGGGCAUGCUGUGAACUUUUUGGUUACAAGAUUGUGAUGGAUGAACACCAGCGGUCAAAUGGAAUCCCAGUGACUCGAUUUACCCUUCAGUCAAUUUAUGCUCAAAGUGAUGAAGAGAAACUUGAAUUUGAAUAUGAAUCAGGGAAUACUAACAUUUUGACAAAUGAUUACACAUCGCAGCCUGAAAUAUCCCGUCAGGUUGAGAUAUUUGUUCGGAAGAUGAACUCAAUUCCUGCUUUCACUGCCAACUUAACGGUGGAGUCUUUCAAUAGAAGAACUUUGUCUUAGAUGCAAUCAACUUGUUACCGCACUGUUCUUUAUGGAAUUUCCAUAGCUGAUUAUUUGGUAUCUGCUGGGUUUUGGUGAGCUAGUGUCGCGACUGAGAGGACCCAUUUUUUCUUUGAAUUGGGAAUUGGUGCCUGAUCGAUCUAUUGGCCGUUUUUCUGCCAAAAUUUGUACAUAUGCUAUAAACUUGUGUCUCUCUCUCUAGUUUUUCAGAAGCAAGGAGGAAUUGGGAGCAAUUCGUGCUUCAAUAGCAAAAGGGUGCUUUUCACUAUGGAUAGUUCGUGUUGAUUUUCUAUUUGUGGUCAAUCGACCUCAAUACUUCUACCUCCAUAUUUUUUGUUCAUUUUUUGAACAGUUCAACUAUUUUAUUAGGAACUUCAGGCAUUCAAAA